UUGUGUCUUCCAAGCGUUGUUCACCUUUCUCCACAAUGUGACACAGCACCUCAACAAAUAUGGUCCCGUAAUGUAUUUCUCCCACUAGUGUCGCGUUGUUAUAGCUAAGACCGCUGAUAAAGUCACUGGGGGCGGUGGUGGCAGCGGGCGGGGGUUCUAAUGGGAGAUGGCCGAGCAAAGCAGACAUGUGAUGAGGCAAACGGCAACUUCAUGUGACCCACGGCUAAGGAGAGGCUUGUAGAAGAGGACAAACACCCGCCUGUGUUGUUUUCUUCAGUCAGUCUGCUCGCGCCGCAUUCAGCCAAACUCGCCGGUCCUCCGCCGAGAGUGACGCCACAGUGGCCACGAUGCAAACGAUCCAGACCGUGGAGACCCAAGUGCCUUUUCUCAAAGAGAGUUUCUUCACCAGCACCUUCAAAAACAAGCGGAAGAGCAGCGCCGCCAGCGUCCCACGCCGCCAGCAGCCCUCUUUGGGAGCUCAGCAACAGCCGCCAGCGCCGUACAUUUCCGGUCUUCCCGAGCAUCUCUCCGCUUUACCCUCCGAGCAUCGGCGCUUUCGCUCCAACAGCAGCCCGUUAUGCAACAGAUCUGAAUGGAGGGGAGCAGAUGGGGCCGGGAAGGAGGGGCAAAGGGAGGGGAAGGAUCAGAGCGCCAGAGAAGCCCCGACUGGGAGGGGUGGCGAGCGGGGAAUGAGCGUCGGUGGCGGCGAGCCCACAGCUGUCACCGCCAGUCUCCGCCUCCUCUCGUCAUCACCGGCAGCAGCAUCCUCGCAGCCGCCUCCGACGGCGGGAUUUGGCCGAGGAUCCCGCGAGGACCCCCGGCCGCAUGCCCACCCUCGACCCCAGCAGCACGGCCUCUUAGCCAGGGGGGUCCGCCUGCUCCGCAGCAUGGGCAACCAGGAGGCCAAGCAGAAGAAAGGAGGCGACGGCGCAGGAGGCAAGGAUGGCUCGUGCGAGGCCGGCGAGAGGGAAGCCGAGAAGAAAUCCAAAAAGUCCAACAAGACCGGCAAAGGGGAACAAAACGAGAAGAGGAAAUCCAAGUCGGAUUCCAAGGUUUCAGUCUUCUCCGGGAUGAAGCUCAGGAGGACUUCCAAGGCCAAGGGAUUGUCCAAGGAUGACUUGCUGGAUGACGAAAGGUCGGUAAAAGCGGGCCUUAAACCCGGAACGGGGGCCAGCCUAUCUGCCGAUGAGAUGGGAAUGCUGUCGGAUUUUGAGGGCGAUCUAAGCCGCUUGACGGCAAGCAGCCGGCAAUCCAUCGCCGACGAAUCGUGCCACAAGGCCGGCUGGGGAUCCGACGUGGACGACUACAGUUUCCACUCGGCGGCCGCCGACACCGAGGAUCUUCUGUCCGACAUCCAACAAGCCAUGAGGGUCCAGCGCGAAGACUCCGCCUUCCGGGGAAGCGGUGCCGCCGCCGAGAAGCUUUUACCCCAUCAAACUUUGAUCUUCGACAAGGACGUCCCUUCCCGUCAGAACGACAAACCCGAGAAUGAAAGCGCGCUCAUGUCUCGAGAUCUGUCUGCGCCCGGAUCGCCGAGCGAGAUCGGACCACCGUCCUCCGCGCCGGACACGGAGAGGAGCAGCGGAAGCCUUUUUCCAAAGACCAAUAGCACCUACAGCUUCCCGGACACUUUGACCACCACCCCCUCGUCUUACGAGAGUGCGGAGGAUGACCUGGAGAGCCCGGUCCCGCGCCGCACUCAAGAUAACUGGACUCCUCAAGGCAAAUUACCUGCUGCGCCGUGUGACCGGGUCCAACCUGGAGGUCCAGGCCCCGUGGUCGCUCACAAGAGCGCAAGCAGCAUGGACUUGUCUUCGGAGCGAGGGAAGGAAGACCACAAUACCGGACGGGACUUCCCGUCUCUGAGGAAGAAUAGUAGCCUCUCCAAUGGCCUGCUGACGACCGAGAGCCCAACCGCACCCACAUCGGCCACGUCCCCGUCCACUGUCAAACUCUACCCGCCGGUGUUCCCCUCAUACGUCAAGACCACCACCAGGCAACUCACGUCCCCCAUCGGCUCUCCGCUCACCAGCCCCUGUGUCCCCAGGAGAACAGAUUCUGGGGAACCCGAAGUCUUCCAGGGAGUCAGGGGCCGCAAGCAGAGGUCCAGCUCCAUCGCGGGGCCACUCGGCGCAUCGGCCGACUGGUGCGGAGAGCCAGACGGCGGAGAUGGCGCCGUCUUCUUGGAACCAGAGCAAGCGGAGAAGGGAGCGGCGGGUGGUGGCGCUUACUGGACGCUGGGCUCCAGGAGAGCCCAGUAUGGACACUCCAGGUCUUCCAGGGGGGCAGCUUCCUACCUGGACAUCUUCUCCGGCCGCGCUCUGCUGGACAGGCUGUGCAUGAACCAGGAGGACGGCUCGUCAGAGGAGCAGGCCGAGGAAAUGUGUUGGCGAAUGUUGACUCAGGGCCUGCUGCACCCCUUCAGCGACAACGGAGGGGCCCGCCGCGGCGACGCCAAGCCCGCUUUUAACGGGGAGCAGCUGUACACGUGGGCGACUGUGGGGCUGCCGGUGUCCUCGCACCUAUGGGAGCUCUACGGUGGGAGAACACCGACCAGACCGCAGAGUUCCAGAUUACCUUUGAAGACCCAGUCAGCAGUACCAUCUCAACCUCAGGUUGGUAGCAUCUGUGGGUACUGCAAGGGGGAAAAAAACGGGGAGCAGCUGUACACGUGGGCGACUGUGGGGCUGCCGGUGUCCUCGCACCUAUGGGAGCUCUACGGUGGGAGAACACCGACCAGACCGCAGAGUUCCAGAUUACCUUUGAAGACCCAGUCAGCAGUACCAUCUCAACCUCAGACAGAACCCAACAGGUUGAGGUCAGCGCAGUCUUCCUCCGAGGACGACGGUGGCGUCAUAUCCCAGCUGGAGAAGACCAUCCUCGACCUUCGCGUGAAGAUGGCCGUGCUGCAGAGUCAGCAGGUUUCCUCGACGAAACCCAGCGGGGAUGUUGGCAGGAGCCAGGAGGCGUUUGUCCAGACCUCGCCGCUGGGAGAUGGGCUUCAGAUGGAUGGGACCAGCGGCCUCCCCAAACCUGAGGGCUUUGUCUGCACGUGCCAACAGAGGCAGCAAAACAAGACGAUGCCACCUCCUCCCCCACCUUUACCCGGACUUGGAUCUUGUCCACCCCCUCCUCCACCACCUUUACCUGGACUAGGAUCUUGUCCCCCUCCUCCACCACCUUUACCUGGACUAGGACCCUGUCCCCCACCUCCACCACCUUUACCUGGACGGCCACCGCCCCCAGGCUUAGGCCCCCCACUGCCACCACCGCCGGGCCCCGGGUUCUCCAAGAUGGUCCAGGAAGCCGCCCCUGCCAAGGCUGUGAUUGAGCCCCCCAAGCCAAUGAAGCCCCUUUACUGGACGCGCAUUCAGCUGCACGCCAAGAAGCAGAGCGGUUCAUUGGUUUGGGAGAAAAUUCAAGAACCAACCGUGGACUUUGAAGAAUUUGUGGAUCUCUUCUCCAAGAGUGCCGUCAAGGAAAAGAAAAAGCCAAUUUCUGACACGAUCAGCAAAUCCAAAGCCAAGCAGGUGGUGAAGCUUUUGAGCAACAAGCGUUCUCAGGCCGUCGGUAUCCUGAUGUCCAGCAUACAUCUUGACAUGAAGGACAUCCAAAAUGCCGUCCUCAAUAUGGACAACACAGUCGUGGAUCUGGAGACCCUACAAGCACUUUACGAGAAUAGAGCCCAAAAUGACGAGAUGGAGAGCAUUGCGAAACACAUGAAGUCCACGCAAGACAAGGAGGGCGCAAAGCCGCUGGACAAGCCCGAGCAGUUCCUCUUGCAGUUAUCUGAGAUCCCCAACUUCUCCGAAAGGGUCUUCUGCAUCCUUUUCCAGUCCACUUUCUACGAAUGCAUAACCUCAAUUGUCCGCAAAAUGGAAAUACUACAAAGAACAUGCAAGUCUCUUCAGAGCGGAAAGUGCGUAUUGCAGGUUCUGGGUCUGGUUCUGGCUUUUGGUAACUUCAUGAAUGGAGGUAAUCGAACCCGCGGGCAGGCUGAUGGCUUCACUCUGGACAUUCUGCCCAAACUGAAGGACGUUAAGAGCAGCGAUAACUCCCAGAGUCUUUUGUCCUACGUGGUUGCUUACUAUCUGAGGCACUUUGAUGAGCACGCUGGAAGAGAGACGUGCGCCUACCCUCUGCCCGAGCCGCACGACCUCUUCCAGGCCUCCCAGAUGAAGUUCGAGGACUUUCAAAAGGACCUGCGCAAGCUACGGAGAGACCUGACCGCGUGCUCCAGAGAGACCGAAAAAGUAUGCAAGCUGUCCUCAGAAGACAACCUGCAGCCCUUCAAGGACAAGAUGGAUGAGUUUGUUAGCCAGGCCAAAACUGAGCUGGAAACGCAGGAGAAACAACUGGCAGACACGCAAAACACCUUCUUAGAGCUCAGCACAUCCUUCUCGGUCAAACCCAAACCGGGAGAAAAGGAGGCGUCACCCAACACUCUUUUCGGCCUUUGGCACGAGUUUUCCACGGAUUUUAAAGAACAGUGGAAGAAGCAGAACAAGCUGAUGCUAAAGGAACGGCUGAAGAUGGCGGAGGAGUGUUUCAAACAGGCCAAGGAGAAAGCAUCCUACAACGUCAAACCCAAACACGCGACUGGAAUAAAAGCGAAGCUGGGCCAGAAGAUGUAAAGCAGAGAAGGGUAAUCUCCGAGGCUACUGCGAAAGUACAAUCGGACGUGACGCAUCAGUCAUUUUUACUCCAAAGUAUUCUUUUUUUUAAGAAAUCAAUUUAAUACCAUCGCAAGUUGGCCCAUUUUAAACGUAUCCAGCGUGGAAUGCUCAUCCCGCUUCUGGCAGCACUUAUUGAGUUAUUGCUUGCAAAAGACAAACUCGACCCUCGGGGAUUUGAGCCUGGAUGCCAGAAAAUGCUCGGCGCAAAUUCAUAGCAACACUGUAUCCGUGCGUUGGAUUUUUUUUUUUUUUUGAAGCCAUAUGUAGAGGAUCUUUGUUUUUCCCCGAGUGCAAUAUCUCCGUCUACUUUCCGGACAAAGCGUUUUACAAGAUAGAUAACCCUGACAAAGUGCCUUAUCGCACACGAGAGUUGACAAAUGAGUGCUGGACAACGUGGAUUUUAGAAACGUGUCAUUUGUAAUUCGAUAUUUGCAUUGAAAAGAAAAAGGGCAAAAAACGUGGCUUUACUUUUUGGGUAGCCGCAUUUUUCGCCCCUCCUUUGCUGCAUUUGCUCAUCCUCGAAAGGUCACCCCCCCCCCGCCCCCCUCUUCUUAUAAAAGCGAUCGUGAUGUAAUGUCAUCAAGCUAAAAUCGUUCGCUUUUCUUUUAAUUCUUAUGCAGGCCAUUUUGUUGUUUUGUCAUCUUCCUCUCAUCCACUAAGGUGCUUACGGAGCAACAAGAUCACAUGACAUGUUUUAGAUGGGAUACCUUUUGACCCUGAAAAAGAUAUCGAUAUAUAGAUAUAUAUUUAUUGAAUAAAAUAAUUUACAUUCAUUUUACAUUUUUGGUGGGUCUUUCCUGCUCCUGUUUGUCAGCGGCUGUGCAACCAAAUAAUAAAAUAGGAUUUAUAUGAAAUAGAUUUAAUAUAUUUUCACAUAUGCACACUUACAUAACAUGUUUAUAUUGGAUGAUAUAUUGCAUUGCACUUGAAAUACACAUGCAGCAGUACAGCCUGUUCUCACAUGAAUUUUGUACAAGAACAAAUGCGUUUUUCUCGAUAGAAAAUGGGCAUUUGGGGAUUUCUCGGGGGGCGGGGGGUUGACUUUGAAACAUUUUCAUUGAUGUUAAUGCAGAAAUUUACCAAAGAGUGGGUGACGCAUCAUAGCAUGUCCACCAUAUUUGUAGUCCAUCUGAGUUUUUGGAUGAGUUCCUCCUAAAUUCUUGUGAGAACAUGUUGAGCAGUAUUGUGGGGUGUUUUUGUUGUUCUUUUUGUAGGAUAUAUGUGUGUGUGUGUGUGUGUGUGUGUG